AAUUCACAAGUCACACAUCAAAAACAUCAACACCACAACAAUACUCACUAAAAUCUCUUUUUCCUUCUUUUCAUCUGCUCUCUCUGAGUCUCAAAUCCAAAAUACCAACAAUGGAGGCAAUGAAGAUGAAGCUUUUCGUAGCGGUUAUGGUUGCAUUGAUAGCGUUUUCUGCGGUUCAACAGUCGGCUGCAGCGGUUGACGCCCCUGCCCCGAGCCCUACCUCCGAUGCAUUCUCGUUUAUCCCUACUUUCUUCGCCUCCGUCACGGUUUUGGCCUUUGGAUUACUAUUUUAAGAAGUUUUCCCCCUUCUUAUGUUAUUUUUUUGAAAAAAGUUCCCCUUCCUAUGUUUUAAGUUAUUUAAAUAAAAUCAUUUAACCGUUGUUUUAAGCCUCGUCUUGUAACUCUUGUUUGCGUCUCGUUGAGUUCUUGUUGUUGAUUUUAUGUCUUCAGUUUGAUCUAUUUCUUCCAUGUAACGUUAUUGAAAUAGACUCGUCCUAAUAUCAAUAAUAAUUGUUUCCCUCUUUUGAUA